AUGGGUGUCAUAACAUAUACCGAUGAACACACUUCCACAAUCCCUCCAUCAAGAAUUUUCAAAGCCGCAAUCCUCGACUCCCAUAAUUUAAUGCCAAAACUCUUGCCAGAUGUUAUUAAAAGCAUCGAAUUAAUCAAAGGUGAUGGUGGGGCCGGAAGCAUUAAUCAGACUAACUUUUCAGGAGGUUAUGUGAAACACCAUGUAGAUGAAGUUGAUGAAAAUACAUUAACGUAUAAGUAUAGUUUGAUUGAAGGUAUGGGCAUAUCCGACAAGGUUGAAAAGGUGUCCUAUGAUAUUAAGUUUGAAGCUACACCUGAUAAUGGAACCAUCUCAAAGAUGACUACUACUAUUUACACCCAUGGUGAUUUUGAACUCAAGGAAGAAGAACUAAAUGCAGGAAAAGAAAAGGUGCUAGGGCUUUACAAGGUUGUGGAAGCUUACCUUCUUGAAAACCCUGAUGCAUAUGUUUGA